UUGUAUAACUUUCCAUAAACAGAAUUACCAAAUUACCCACCCCUAUAUGAAAUCGCUGCUGCUGUUUCUUUUCUACACAGCCGCAACAUCAAUCCAACGAGUUCUCCACAGCGACUCCAGUUCCGACGACUCCGGUGACUCGAGUUCCGGGAAUCGGUAGUGUUGUCAGAAUAGCUGCCACAACAACAGAUUUAGUUUACGGGUUUCUUCGUUCGUAGUCAAUUGGCUGGUUUGGAACCAUUGAUUGGUUUGUGCCCGUACCACUAGGAUCUUGCAAAUUCAUUUUGAUCCAUCUCGCACACCCUCUGAGAAUGAUGAAUUUACACGAAAAGAUUUGGAUGGUAUAGAUGAAAAACUUGUUCUAGAAAGUACAUGCAAAGGAAUCUGGAAGCCGUUUUCGGUUAAUCAUCAAGCCUCAUUAUUAAUAUUUACUAACAGAAUCGAGCAUAUCUAACUGGAAUAUUAGCAAGAGAUUAUUUAUCAUAACCGGUUAAUAAUGGAGGCAACAGUAAAAAAAUAUCAGCAGAAAUUUAAAAAAGUGAAAGAUGACAUGGACCGAUGGGAUGAUCUCCAGACUAGAUUAAUUUCACAGUUCAGAAACGCUUCUUCCAUCAUUGGACGGCUACAGUUGCUUGACGAUCCCAAAAACUAUGGGUCCUUGAAAAAUAUAGAUAACAUAAAAGAUUCAAUCUCUGGAAAGCAGAUGGAAUCCCUACAGAUGAUCAUGCUCUCAAUGAAUAAAACUUUGGAGGAAUUAAAUAGUAUUAUUUUAUCGCUUGCAAAAACGUAUCGUGAUGCUAAGCAGCAAUUAAAAGGCGGUUCGAUUCAGUUCUCAAUGAAGCAAUUAAAUCAACGGAUCGGCAUAAAACCAAGUAUUGCAGACUGCUUAGAAGGGCUUCGGCUUCUUCACGAGAUGUAUCAAUCAGAGCACCUUCUUAAAUCGUCAGUGAUUUCUGCACUUGCGAGUCUUGCCCUGAAGCCGAGUGUUAGUGAUUUACAAUCUUUUGAACGGCUUUUGGUAGAUCAACCUAAUGUCCCCAAAGAAGAAGUGCAAUCCAUAUAUGACGUCAUAUUUGCUGAAGAAAUCUGUUGAUGGAUCGAGUUAUUACUUUUAGAUGUCGGAUAUCAUAUUUUAUCAGCCCUCUCAUAUUUUAAAUCCACAAACAUGGCCGGAUGUCACUCGUAUAAGAAUAUAUGUGUUACGCCAAUGCGAUGGCACUGUAAGUUCAUCCAACCCUCAAUCAGACAAUACUAUGAUGACUGAAAAUCCGAGAGAAGUGAAAAAAGUACUUGAAAUCAAAUCAAUGUUGAAUCAAAUUACGUUUAUGUUUAAUUUAUUUGUUCGUGUUUGUUCUUGAAUUGAUCAAGUGUAAAUUUUUGUAACGAAUUUUGAAAUUCGCCUAAGUUCCAAGGAAUUUUGCAAUGCGUUUAACCUUAUAUAUCCAAAGAUUUAAAUUAUUA